AUGAGCUCCAAGAGCGGAUCUCAACAACGAGGCAAUGAAUGGUACUUGUUUCAUGGUACCAAUCCUGAAGCAGCAGCUGCCAUUUGUCGGGGUGCCCAGUUCAAUGCUGAUGAGUAUGCCAAGCCUAAUGCGGAGGGCCGAUACGCGGUCCUUCUGUGCCGUGUGAUUGGUGGCCGCGUGAACUACACUGACGAGGUUACUCCAGAUCCAGAAGCACUUGUCCAUUCCUGCAUCGAAGGGGACUUUGAUUCCGUUUGUGGCGACCGAGAGAAGACUCGUGGAACCUACAGGGAGUUUGUGCUCUUCGACUCUGAAGAUGUCUACGUUGAAUAUGCUUGGAUCUCGUUGAUUUGGACCUUGUGAAGAGUUUGGCUGUGAAAGGUUCCAAUCGUACCAUUUGUGCCCCACCUUGAACCCAACAUGUCUCAAAGCUGUUAUAUUCAGUGCAAGAGGGCUUUAAUUUUAUCACUUGUGCAUCGUGCUGCUUACGCUAGAGUGAAGGAUGUUUCAAAGUCUCUGUGAUUUAAGCACUUCAUAUGCAAGCACAUUGAAUUUGAUGCCAGCCUGGAAGCCAACUCGAAGCAGGUGAAAAGGGCGGUUUAAUAACGAUGGUCAGGCUUUGGAGGCAACUACGAGCAAGGACGCUACUAGGGGCUCCUGGCCGUACUACUAGGAGCAAUGUUCGCUACUAGGAACAAAGGGCAUCGCUACUAGGAGCAAGGACGCUAAUUGGGGACACCUCAGGUCCCAGGGCAGCAGCACUCAUUCGACAUUUUGAUGUUUUAGAGCAUCUCUGGACGUGAUUUUGCUGAUCCAUUCAUGAAAUCCAACCCAAGCCCUACAGGUCAUUGAGUACAAGAGGAAGUACAAGAAAGAAAAGGACUGAGGCUUUUGCCCCCAUCUUUCAGCCGUGUUGCUGCAAAAGCCAUUGCACCUUACCUUUGAAUUUGGCUGAGUCUUUUCACCAUGCCUUGAAGGGGCAUGUCUUCGAAUGUCAGAGCAUGAUUUCUUUCCCGUUCAGUACGGGCGCAAACUUUGUGUAUUUGGACAAAGUUCCUAUCUAGCGAAGGCUCCAUAAUGUGGACCUUCGCAGUUUCAACUGUACGCUUCAGCCCAAAGUGGCCACGGAUGUGUGAACCCGAUAAAAA